CUCUGGCUAGGGAGCGAUUGUGCUGCGGUGAGGCGGCGUGAUAAGGUUUCUGGUUAAGCGCGCAGAUCCGGGGUAAACGGGAAUGGUCCUGUGUAGAAUGCUGACCUGGAACUACGGUGGCCCAACUGGGGUUCUUUCUGGCAAAGAUAAUGACAUGCCCAUCUGUGACAGCAUCCUAAGAGUGAGCCUGGUGUCUUACUUUGUGGCAAACAAGAUGUUUGGGACCUUGCUUGUGACUAAAAAACGAAGAGUUUACUGACUGGAUUGACAGGCAAACUGUGCCCAGCUUUUCAUUGGCUGUGAUGGGAGGGUCUCACCAGCUUUUGCCUGGAUUGGCCUCGAACUGUGAUCCUCCAGAUGUCAGCCUCCUGAGUAACUAGAAUUACAAGCUUGAGCCACUUCACCUGACUGGAAUCUCUACCUUCACAGGUCUCAACUCUUUUUCUAAGAACAGCAGAAAAUGAUCGAGUACCAGCUUCAGCAGAGACCUGUGUCAUUCAAAGAUGUAGUUGUGGGUUUCACCAAGGAAGAAUGGCACCGACUGAAUCCUGCUCAGAGGGCCCUGUACCGUGAUGUGAUGCUGGAGACAUACAGCAACUUGGUCUCUGUAGGUUAUGAAGGCACCAAACCAGAUGUGAUCCUCAGGCUGGAGCAAGAAGAAGCACCGUGGAUUUGUGAGUCAGUGUGCCUGGGCUGCCACUAUCGGGAAGACAUCUGGCAAGUUAAUGUCCAGAGGAAAAGACAGCAGGACAUGCUUUUGAGGCAAAAUGCAUUCGUUAGCAAGAAAACAUUGACCAAGGAAAAAACCCCCGAAAGUAAUAAGUUUGGGAAAAUAUCAUUUCUGAGCACUGAUUUUUUUCCUUCAAUUCAAAGCCCUAAUAACUGGGAUCCUUGCAGAAAGAGUUUGAACCACAAUUUAGAUUUGAUUGAUUUUAAGCAAAACUAUGCAAAAAAGCAAGAUGAAUGUUACAGAUAUGGGAAACUGUUACAGUGUACAAACCACGAUAGAAGAUGUAACGGAGAAAAACCUUGGGGUUGCAGUCGCUGUGGGAGAGCUUUUUGCCAUAACCCAGAACUUGAAUAUAAGCCAGCAGGAACCAGUUCGCUCAUGUACAAACGGAAGAGGGUUCCCCCAACAGAGAGGCCCCAUAUUUGUGGUGAGUGUGGGAAAGCCUUCUGCUACAAGUCUGAAUUCAUUAGGCAUCAGAGAAGUCACACAGGGGAGAAGCCCUAUGGAUGCUCUGACUGUGGGAAAGCCUUCUCACAUAAGUCCACCCUCAUUAAACACCAGAGAAUCCACACAGGGGUAAGACCCUUUGAAUGCUUCUUUUGUGGGAAAGCCUUCACCCAGAAGUCCCACCGCACAGAACAUCAGCGAACACAUACAGGAGAGAGACCCUUUGUGUGCAGUGAAUGUGGGAAGUCAUUUGGCGAGAAGUCAUACCUCAAUGUACAUAGGAAAAUGCACACAGGAGAAAGACCUUAUCGUUGCAGAGAAUGUGGGAAAUGCUUCAGCCAGAAGUCAUGCCUCAAUAAACACUGGAGGACUCACACAGGGGAAAAACCCUACAUGUGCAGUGAAUGUGGCAAAGCCUUCUACCAGAAGCCAAACCUCAGUAGACAUCAGAAGAUUCAUGCUAGGAAGAAUGCCUAUAGGAACGAAAACCUAGUGAUUAUGGGAAAGACUUGAGCAAGAUUCCCAGUGUCAUUGGGUAUAGAGGAAGUCAUCCC